GCGAGUCCCCAGGAUGUGUGGGAAAGUGUCAGGACUUGGGACCCCAAAUUGUUCUGACAGCCAUCCAGGCAGCACCUGCGCCAGGAACGUGGAGACUCCCCUGCGGACCAGUUUGGGCUGAUAAGUCUGGGAGAUGGGGAACUUGGCAAGACUCAGAGCCAAGGGGCUGCUGCGUGGACCUGAGGAUGGGGGACUGAGGGCAGUGGGAGAGGGCAGGGCACUGUGCUUUUCCGGGGAGGGGGGUGCUUUUUCCUAGUAGAGAGUCCGGUAUGUGUGGCUGCAACGGUGUGAAGGAGACAAAAAGUCUAUUGCAUUUAAACAGAGCCUGGAAAGAAAGAAGAUCUGACUAGAAUAACCUUCCCAUUCCUUCAUCUCUUGAUCCUCAGGACACUCCAUGAGAUGGGUGUUAUCAUUUGCAUUUUACAGAUGAGAAAACUUAAGCCGAGAGAAGAAACUUGCUCGAAUUUACAGAGUUUGUAAGCCAUCCAGAGCCAGAACUCUCCAAUUCCAAAGCCCAUGCUUUUUUCCCUGCCCCACGGCAUCUGGAAGGAACCCUGAUUUGGAGCUGUGAGACUCUGGGAGGCAGCGGGGCACAGUGAGAGAGACCAGGGUCUUCACCAUCCCAGAUCUGUUGAAUACCAACCAGUGGGAGGCAGGCAUGGAGGACAUCUUUCUGAGCCUCAGUUUCUUGAUCUAUAAAAUGGGAGUAAAAAUCCCUGGACUGUUGUGAGGAUUAAAUUAGAGAAAAUAUGUAAAGCAACUAGCUGGUACAUGGUAGGGUUGUUAAAAAAAAAUCAGUUCCCUAAUUCAUGCUUUUCCACUUAGACACAGUGUGACCCCAAACAGUUUAUACAAUCUCUCUGAACCCCCGUUUCCUCACUGCCCCACAAUAGGCUGGUGGACCACCUCCCGUCCCCUGCCAGUCUCUUAGAAUGCUAUGAGUUUGGAGAACAAAACCAAAGAUUCUCAUAAUGAGGAGGAAGGAGCUUAGUUCAAACCCCAAAAUACCUGAUAAAGAAAUUGAGGCCGAUGAGGGGCAGUGAUUUGCUCCCGGUUUCACAGGGCAGAGUCUGGGAUGAAGACCCCAGUUUCCCAGCUGUCAGCCUCGUGCUCUUACCUUCCACAGCUCAGCUCCUCCAUCUCUGCCUUUAUUUUGCAUGUGACUGUCUGAAGCCGGCAGUGCUGGAUUUUGUUUCAUUCUUGUCUCUGCUCCUCCGGACAGGCUGCGUGUCUGGUUGUCUUGGGCUGCCAGCAGCAUGAGACUCAUAGAAGUCCUUAGCAGCAAGUAAUAGAAAGAACUCAGUGUUGGGUUCAAGUCCUGACUCUGCCCCUUAGUAGCUGUGCAACUUUUCAUAAAUCACAACUUCUCUGAAAGUUUCUUCAUGUGUCCAAGACACAUAAUCACCUGGAACUCAAAGGGUUCUUGGAAGGAUGAAAGGAGGUGACUGUUCAAGUGCCCAGCACAAUGCCUACUACUCAGUGAAUGCUCCUCCCCCUCCUUGAGCCCUGGAGGUUUCCUCCUAACACCUACCUGCCGUUUCUUAAAAGAAACUUAGCACAGGAUGCCCUCCAUGCCUGCCUCCUUUCCACUUGGCACAUCAUUCUUAGCCCCCAGGGGUUUUCUCCAGAUGUGUUGCCCUUGAUGCGUCUUAGAAAGACGUUCUAGAAUCUCAGAUCUUUAUGCAGGAUUGCUCAUGUCCUACCCACCCCUCCUGUGUACAGCCUUGCUGAGGUCACAUUGCUUCCAGUAAACUCUCCCUGGCCGCCUGAUCCACUCUGAUCUCCCCCCUUCUGUGCCUCCACUGGCCUUCGGGCCCGUACCUCUCCCUGGGUGCUACCAGUGUUCCGUCUCCCCUACAACCUGGAGCCUAGCUCCAGACACGCAAGAAAAAAACUUGGAGCAGACUUGUUGCAUUAAGGCGAAGUGGCCUGGUAGACAGAGGGGUUGUCAGAGCUGGGAGAACCUUUGAUAAUCAUCUGCUUCUGCCCCUCAAUUUACCAAUUCUUAUAAUUAACCUGAAGUCCAGAAAGGGGGAGUGACUUGCCCAAAGUCACACUGCAAAUUUAUUAAAGAACAGAGACUUGGAUCCUAGUCCUUGAUUUGUCACUUAUUGGUUGUGAGAACUGGGACAAAUCACUUCCUUUCUCUGAGCCUCAUUUUGUCUAGUGCUAACAAUCUAUAAGUCUAGAUUUGUAGAUCUGGAUUUGCCAGGGUCCUAUUUGAAGAUUUCUUAUGAAGGUCCUUAUCUUAGUUUAAGUAAGAUCUCAGGCCUCUUGUGGGUGAGACAUCUCCUGGUGACAGCUUAGGUGCUUUUAGAAGUGGUGCCACAGAUGGAAAUUCUCAAGUCUGCAUGGCAUCAGGCUCCUGAGGUGGCCCAGUCCUGCCCACUGCCAAGGGGCUGUGAGCUCGUGUGGCAGCCUGCUCCUCGGUUAAAGUGCAAGGCUGUUCAAACAAAGGUGAUUCUAUCCUCAGCUGUAUUUCCAGCCACAGACUGAGCCCUGAUCCCAGCCCAGACUGAGUCUCAACUCCAGCCAUAGAUUGAGCUCUGAUCCUCAAACCCUGACUGUAUAUUGAACCCCAACUCUACCCCAGGGCUAGAACCUUUAGCCAGGCCGGAUCCUUGACCUGCUCACUGACCAGGACUGAUCACAGCCCCAGGCUGAGCCGCAUACAUGUGUGAUGCUGGUCACUUUGGGCACCCCCACCACUCUAUGGAGCAACAACCUGCUCAGUGUCUUGACUCCCUCUCCAGUGCUCUUUCCCCUAUGUCAGCUCCUCUCCUUUUUGCUCUUCCCUUACUAAUUGUCCCUUCCCCACUUCAGGUGUCCAGCAUGCUUCUGCUUUCUCUUCUCUCCCUCCAGCCAAUCCUGCUUUCAGCAAAGAGUCAGUUACAGGCCCAGACAUGUUCUGCCUUUUCCACGGGAAGAGAUAUUCCCCCGGCGAGAGCUGGCACCCCUACUUGGAGCCACAGGGCCUGAUGUACUGCCUGCGCUGUACUUGCUCCGAGAGUGCCCACGUGAGUUGUUACCGCCUGCACUGCCCUCCUGUCCACUGCCCGCAGCCUGUGACAGAGCCACAACAGUGCUGUCCCCGGUGUGUGGAACCUCAUACUCCCUCUGGGCUCCGGGCCUCCCCAAAGUCCUGCCAGCACAAUGGGACCAUGUACCAACACGGAGAGAUCUUCAGUGCCCAUGAGCUGCUCCCUUCCCGCCUGCCCAACCAGUGUGUCCUCUGCAGCUGUACCGAGGGCCAGAUCUACUGCGGCCUCAUGACCUGUCCGGAACCCGGCUGCCCCGCGCCCCUCCCGCUGCCUGCCUCCUGCUGCCAGGCCUGCAACGAUGGGUCAAGUGAGAUAUCAACUGAAGAGGACUCCACGCAGUCACACCGUGGGGUGAGACAUUCCCAGGAUCCGUGUUCAGGGGACGGUGGGAGAAAGAGAGGCCUGGGCACCCCAGCCCCCACUGGCCUCAGCUCCCCUCUGGGCUUCGUCCCCCGCCACUUCCGACCCAAGGGGGCAGGCAGCACGACAGUCAAGAUUGUCCUGAAGGAAAAACAUAAGAAAGCCUGCGUGCACGGCGGGAAGACGUACUCCCAUGGGGAGGUGUGGCACCCAGCCUUCCGCUCCUUCGGACCCCUGCCCUGCAUCCUGUGCACCUGUCAGGACGGCCACCAGGACUGCCAGCGGGUGACCUGCCCCACCGAGUACCCCUGCCGUCACCCAGAGAAAGUGCCCGGGAAGUGCUGCAAGAUUUGCCCAGAGGACAAGGCAGACCCUGGCCACAGUGAGAUCAGUGCCACCAGGUGUCCGAAGGUGCCGGGCCGAGUCCUUGUCCACACGUCAGUAUCCCCAAGCCCAGACAACCUGCGUCGCUUUGCCCUCGAGCGUGAGGCCUCUGAGCAGGUGGACAUCUACCUCUGGAAGCUGGUAGAAGAUGAGGAAACUGAGGCUCAGAGAGGUGAAGUACCUGGCCCAAGGCCACACAGCCAGAAUCUUCCACUUGAUUCAGAUCAAGAAAGUCAGGAAGCAAGACUUCCAGAAAGAGGCACAGAACUUCCGGCUGCUCACCGACACCCACGAAGGUCACUGGAGCGUCUUCCUAACCCAGACCCCGGAGCUGAAGGUCACAGCCAGUCCAGACAAAGUGACCAAGACCCUAUAACGAAGACCUAAACAGUCGCAGAGAUGAGCUUUAUCACUUUUGUUAUUAUAUAUGAAUAAAUAAGAAAUUGCAUUACCUCUCAA